AUGCCCCCCGUGCGGAUCCGCGGGGCGCGCAACUUCGGCGUCUACGUGCCCGACCUGGACGACGCAGAGCAGCAGGCGGUGUUUGGCGAGCGCAGCAACAACAACGACGACGACGACGACGGCGACGAGGACAAGGAGGAGCCGGACCGGCAGCAAGACACCGACGGCACGACGAUGGGCAACGCGCUCAGCGACGGCAAGCACGACGAAUACUUCCCCAGCGUCAGCGACGUGCUGUGCGCGCGCGAGAUGCUGGCGCGGCGGCGGCGGCUGCCGGUCGAGAUUGUCGAUGUGAUCCUGGACCACGCGGAGUACUGGGCGUCGGCGGAGACGGUGGCGGCCGCGGGCGUCUGCAUCGCGCAGGACGGCGACGCCGAGGUGCUGCGCACGCGCGGGCUGUGCGAGCACCCGUCCUCGUCGCGCCCGCUGCCGCACCGCACGCAGCACCCGUGCCGCAAGAUCCGCUUCACCAUCCACGCCUGCGACCAGGGCUGGGGCGGCAGCAACAACAGCAACCACCCCGCGACGUUCCUGCGCCGCAACCCGCUGACGGGCCGCGACGAGCCCGUGCCCGCGCGCUACGAGGGCUCGUACUCGUGGUUCGACGCCUACCGCAUCCCGGCCAACACUGACACCGACGACGACGACGACGCGCCCGACUUCUCCGCCGCCACGCACUUCCUGCCCACCGACACGCGCCUGUGCAGCAACGCCGUGGCCGACCGCGCCGUGGCCGCGCGCGUGAUCGAGUGGCACUUCACGGACGCAGAAGACGACGACGAUGCCGCGCGCACGGUCGAGCUGGCCGAGGGCCGCGGGCGCGCGACGCUGGACGGCCGCGUGGUGCGCGCGAUGGGCGUGGGCGACGCGGUGAGCGUGUGGGCGCGCGCGCGCUUCCCGGGCUGGCAGAACGACGUGCGCCGCGUCGCCGUGCGGCUGUUCUGGGCCGUGUGA